GUUUGUUGUUACUCCUGGGGAUUGCUGUCUUGGUGGAAACAGCCGCAACUUGGAGUCUACCUACGCGGCAGUGGACGUUUUGGCUGGUCCUUGUCCUGAACGGUAUGGUGUCGUUUUUUGCAGCAAUCCCCAUGGUGUCUUGGAUGACCAUGUGGCAGAUCAUCACGCCGGACAGCGAGAAGACCUUCUGGCAGAUGAUGACACAAUGCCGAAAUGGUGGCUUUGUGCUUGGACCUGUUGCAUUCGCUGGGUUAAGCUUGCUGGUUCGUCAGGGUCGAGAGGUGUCACCCAUCAGCAUGAUGAGCUGGUCCAUGAUAGGCUUGGUGGUUCUUGCAGCUGUGGGGCUGGCAGGGGCAUCGCUCUUCUAUCCCACCAUUCUAAGUCAGUCUGAUGAGGGUGCGGCUGAGGAAAGUCCCCAAGCACAGGAAGAUGGCCUGGAGCUUGCGCCAGAGCAAUUGCCAUCAGAGUCUCGCGAAGGCAUUGUAAAAUACAUGAUCGCCUACAGUUACGAGAGGCCCUUGACAAUCUCAGCCAUCGAGGUGGCCACAAUGAUGCUUCUUGAAGUGUCGUAUGGCUGGUCAGCAGAGCUUUGCGGAGCGUCUUUCAUGGUAGUGGGAGGUGCCAGCAUGAUCUUGCCGCAAUCUCCAGCUUAUUCAUCGCCAGGAAGUGGAUGCCAGAAUCCCACGUCUUCUUCGCCUCAACUGUAG